UAAGUACUUACUUGCUUCUAUUAUUUUUUUGUAAUGAAACGGCCCUAUUAAGCUACCCCUAUGUUUUUAAUAAUUAAGCAGAUUGCAUAUAAAUAAUUGAACUUCGAAAAUCAUCCAAGAAAAACGAUCAAUUUCGCUUUUGUACACCCUGUAUUUUAACAUCCUGAAAUAACGUCGUUCUAUUGCGAUGAAUUUCUUUCAUCCAUCAUUUUCUUUGACGACGGCAUUUUUUAUUUCUUUAAUAAAAUAAUUAUUUAUACUGACAAGACAUAAUGCUGUCGCCGCAAUAACCUCCACGUCUUCCAUCGUUGCGAGUCGUUGGGUAAAUGAGUUGAGUGAGGACAUUGGUGAGGACUGAUGUGAACACUUCAUUCGCGUCGAUAUUGUAUUCCGGACAAUAUUUCCGGCAGUGGCAGGAGCAGUGGCAAAGGCUGAGUGUGAAUCCAGCAAUAAAUAAGACAUUAUUUUUUAUAUACGUAUGUGUUUGCAUAAAACAAAAAUAAUUAUAAUAUGUAAAUAAUGUGCUGUUUUUUACGUUUGGGGCUUUGUAGGGACUCUGGGUCGCUACCCAGCCUGCCUCCCUUAAAUCCGGCCCUGGAGUAUCUACCAACUACAAACAUUAAUUGUUUGGCGAAUGGUCUACCUUGGUUAUAAUUUAUGUUGGCAAAGUCGCGGAAUAUGAAUAUGAUGUUUAUUUCAGAUGAAAUUGUUCGAACAUGAUUAAAAAUUAAAUAUUUGGCAAAAUUUUGGCAUUCUAAAAAAUAUUUUGUUUGUUUUUAAAAUAACAAAAUGUCUGACUAAUUGGCUCGGCCAAGGCCAUCAAAUUCACUCAAAAAAAAAAGAAAUAUUUAGACAACUAAAAAAUACCCUAAAACAUUUAUGUUUUAUUUUAUUAUUUGUUCUUGUUUUAGUUAUGUUUUACUUAAAUAAAUAUUAUAUUAAUGUGAGUUUUUUUAGGGCAAUAAACAGUUCAACUUUUUUGUUCAACUCGUUAUCGUCUUCCAAAAGUUCCGGGGCUGUACCAUUACAGACUCAACUACUGGUAACAUACAAAACGUCUCCACCGGCACAUAAAGUAAUCGCGAAAGUUAAGAUGGAAUCAAAUACUGUUGCAUCUAGAUCUCCACCUUCAUUGAAAGUAAUACCAACCAAACAACUAAUGAAUUAUCCGACAACUGUGUCAAAGGUACCUCCAAACAAACCAGUAACAACUGAGAGUGAAGAUGAUUCGCCUACAUAUGUUUUUCCUUUCGACUAUACUCCUUACGUAAGAAACACUUUACCGUCGAUCUGUUUACGAAAAAUAGCCAAAGUAAUGGCUAGAGAAGAAGAUUUAACGCAGAAGAAAGUGUUCGCUUGGAUUUGUAAAAUUUGCAAGGACAAAUUCCAUGAAAAAAAACUUCUUCUGGAGCACUACGAAAUGCACAAGAAUACCACAGAUAAGCUAGAUGACAUCGACGAAAAUAAUGAUGCAUAUAACAUAAGCAGCAAAGACGUCACUUGUCCAAUUUGUAUGACGACGUACGGCACCACAUCUUUAUUUCAACAACAUGUUGCUCAUAAACACAAACCAAAAGACCAUCAUUGUUAUACGUGUAAACUUACUUUUAAUGACGAUUUUUACUUGAGUCUACAUAAUACCAAACACAAUAAAGAUCCAGGAUGGUACGAGUGCGUGAUAUGCAAGAAGUUUCAAACAAAAGACACCAUGGCCUUAAACGAGCAUAUGACCAAAGAGCAUGUAGAAGAGGAAAUCUAUUGCAACGAAUGUGACAAGACGUUCACAUCAAAGACGUGGUUCGAAGAUCAUAAGAUAUUCCACGUAGAAAUGAAUAAAAAAGAUUCAUAUGAGUGUCGCAGAUGCGAAUCUACCUUCACCACCAACUAUUACUUGAUGGAACACAUGCAAGAAUCCCACACCAAAUACAAAUGCAAUCAGUGUGAUGUAACCUUCGCCUACAAGCAAAAUUUAGAUGUACAUAACCGCCAUUUGCAUUUAACUGAACAAGAGUUUCUUUGUAAUGAAUGCGGUAAAACGUUUCCAAAAAUAUCUAGUCUUAGGCUUCACGAAACUUUGCAUAAAAAAGGAAAGCAUGCUUGUUCUGUUUGUGAUAAAGUGUUCACAAAGAGAAAUUACCUUAAAGACCAUUUGCUGACUCACACGGGAGAAAAACCACACAAAUGUGAUUUCUGUGAUAAAUCUUUCUCCCAGAGGACCAGUGUUAAGAUACAUAUGCGUAUCCAUACCGGGGAGAGACCAUAUCCUUGUUCCAAAUGUAAGAAAGGGCAUAUUAGCAAAGCCGUAAAAGAUGUUCAUGAGAGAAGGUGUAAUAAUUUUAAAUAGUUAUAUAGUUUAUAAGAAUAUAUUUUUUUCGCUGUUAAUAAAUACAUACAUACUAUAUCGGUUUUAUAGCGUUCUACGUCUUUCCAUUCCUAAUCAUCUCUCCUUUCUAUUGUGGCAGUCUUCCUCUCUUAGAUUUCUUUCAGACAUCGUCUUGGAGAUGCCCUUUAUCCAUGUAGUUGCUGGUCUUCCUCGUUUUCGUUUUUCUGUGGGGUCCAUUCUAACACUUUUUUGGGAUUCUCCUUUCCUCCAUUCGUCUUACUUGUCCGUACCAUACAAGCUGUUGUCUUUCGGUGUCAUCUGUGAUUUUUCUUCCUAUUUCCAUUUUUGUCUAAUGUCGCUGUUAAUAAAUAUUUUUGUAAAUUCUUUAUUUGUCACCAAUCUCUUUUUACGUUUUCGAAUAUUGCCAUCAUGGCAUCUAUUAUUCAAGCUUUGAGCUCUUCCGAUUCAUUUGUGGCGGAAAAUAAGUCCGCAUUAACAUUUUAGUUUUACCAUUGGUUGGGUGACUUGGCAUCUUCUACAAUUUUUUUCUCCAUUCUUUCCUGUUUUUAUUUAUGGAUACAGAUUCUCUAACUCCCAUCUUCUUAAGGUCCUCGGCUAUCUGGUUCUCUCAUCUGCCUGAUACAGGUCUCCAUUUGAUAAUUUUCUUGAUAACGGCUUCUGGAUUUCUCCUAUCUUUAUGUCCCAUCCAUCUGAGUCUCUGUAUCUUGAUAAAUCUGACGAUGUCUUCUCCUUUCAAAAGUUCUCUUACUUCGUGGUUCAUCAGUUUUCUGAAUUCAAUAUUGCUUAAGUUUAGUGGGCUUGCUACCCUCCGAAUUAUUUUUCUCUCUAGUGUCCUCAAUCUUUCUUCAUAUUUCUGUGUCAAACAUGUUACUUCAGUACCAUUAUGUGAUUACUGGUCUAAUUGCUGCUCUGUAAAUUUUCAAUUUAGUUCUUUUUUAGUUAUUACCUCCUUAGAAAUUGGAUGCAAAGUGCUCAAAAUAGAGCACAAUGGACAAAAAUUAGGGAGGCCUAUGUCCAACAGUGGACGCAAAGGGCUGGAUGAUGAUGCUGAUGAUUACCUCUUUAUUUGUUGUUUUUCUCCAUACUCCAUCAUUGUCCUUCCGUAUAUCUUACAUAAUAUCUUUCUUUAAUUUAACACCUAAGUUCCGCUGCCGUACAUAAUCGAAAGGUGCACAAUCAUUUUUUAUAUCCUGAUUUUCGUAAUCCUGGAUAGACUUAGAUUUGAUCAUUUUGUUUAGUACUCAUACAGCUUUACUUCCUUUAGUAAUCCUUUUUCUAUUUGCGCAUUUUCUUUGGCUCUAUUUGUAAUCGUCACUCCAAGGUAUUCGAACUGAUCAUCUUUUUCAAAACGAUAUUCUCUACUUCCGCUACUCAUUCUUAGAUUAUCUUCCGGCUCAAUUUUUUUUGCUCUCGUUUUAAAAUAUUUUGUUUUAUUUUCGCUUAUGCAUAGUCCAAACUUUUUCCAUAUUGUUUCUACUUUUUUGAAUGUUCUUAUGAGUUCUGAUUUUGAUCUCGCAAUCAAUGGUAUAUUGUCUGCAAAAGCAAUAACUUAUUGCCUCUUCUAGCUUCUAGAAUAAGGUUAAAUAAAGUUGUGGACAGUGGAUCUCCUUGUGUUAAUCCCCUCCUUACCGUAAAAGACUUAUUUUUUGAGUCAUUAUUCAGUUCAUUUCUUAGUCAAUAAGAGUUGUAGUCAUCUUUUUUUCGUUUAUUGCUGUCAUUUAGCUUUGUUGGAUAAAAAAAAUUAUAUUCUAUAAUUUUGUUGUCAACAUUAUUUAGUGUAACUAUUCUGUAUUGCAUAUGUAAAUAGCAUUGUAUAUGUAAAUAAAUUUUGUAAAAAAUAAA